GCAGGGUUUGACUGGAAGCAAAAUGAGGCGCACAGACCGAUCCUGCACGGCGUGACACCACGUUUCAGCCGGUAUCCCACUGAUCGCGGCCAUCUGCGGCUGUGUGUUUUGGAGGUAAAGGCGCACGGACGACGGGCACCAUGUCGGACCGGGAGCGCAGUUGCUCCGUAUCCAAAAAGACUAUGAUCACCGAGCAUUUCCGAGUGCGCAAGCGGAGAGAGAUGCUCCUGGCGCAGGUGUGUGUAGUGUGCGGAGUACUGCUGGCGGCCUGGUGCCUGUCUGCGCUCCUCACCAAAACAGGUCGUGGGGUUGUGUUGAAGGAGCACUUUGCUGGACCCACAGACCAUCUGGGCCGAAGACUGCUGGCCACCGAGAUAGACAAUGAGACUGCAGAAAAGAACUGCUCUGAACCAGCCAUCCAUGAGUUCCCUGAGGAUAUGUUCACGAACCGAGAGCGAACACGAGGAGCUGUCUUGCUGCACAUAUUUGCUGCUGUCUACAUGUUCCUGGCUCUAGCUAUCGUGUGUGAUGACUACUUUGUUACAUCACUAGAGAAAAUCUGUGAAAAACUGCAUUUGAGUGAGGACGUAGCUGGUGCAACAUUUAUGGCUGCUGGAAGCUCAGCUCCUGAGCUUUUUGCCUCCAUCAUUGGUGUGUUCGUCACACAUGGAGAUGUGGGUGUGGGCACGAUCGUGGGUUCAGCUGUCUUCAACAUUCUCUGCAUCAUUGGUGUGUGUGGAAUCUUCGCUGGACAGGUUGUCUUUCUCACCAAGUUCGCUGUAUUUCGGGACUCUCUUUACUACACACUGUCUGUUGUAGCACUUAUAGCAUUCAUCUUUGAUGGGCAGAUUAUAUGGUGGGAGAGUCUGGUGCUUAUGGUCAUGUAUGUUGGCUACAUAAUCAUUAUGAAGUUUAACACCAGCAUGCAGAACUACUUUUCUGGGAACGAAGAUAAGGGCGUUGCCAAUGGUAAUGCAGUGAGCAGCGAGCUGGAGGAUGGUAAUGCAUAUUAUGAGCAGUUUUGGGAUGAUCCCUCUUGGCCAUUACUCAGCUCAGUAAAACCCAGUAAGAUGUACACCCGUGGCUCAGUCGUGAUGGUGGAUGAAAUGAUGAACUCCAGUCCUCCAAACUACCGCUUCCCAGAAGCCGGCCUCAGAGUCAUGAUCACCAACCAUUUUGGGCCUAAAACACGUCUGCGCAUGGCGAGUCGACUCAUUAUUAAUGAGCAACAGCGUCUACUGCAGGCAUCUAAUGGAGUGGAUGGCACAGUAGUGGCUGAUGGGAAAGCAGAAACAAUGGAGAACGGCAGCGUACCAGAGGACAAACUAACAGAGGAGGAGGAGAAUGAGCUGUCCUCCCCCUUCACCAUGCCUGGGGGCACAAUGGACAAAGUGAAGUUCAUCAUUUCAUGGCCUAUCCUGGUGUUGCUGUACUUCACUGUGCCAAACUGUGGGAAGCCACGCUGGGAGAAUUUCUUUCUGCUCUCCUUUUUUCUCUCCACUCUGUGGAUAGCUGUCUUCUCAUACUUCAUGGUGUGGAUGGUGACAAUUAUUGGAUACACACUGGGAAUACCUGAUGUUAUAAUGGGCAUCACUUUUCUUGCAGCCGGCACUAGUGUUCCAGACUGUAUAGCUAGUCUUAUAGUCGCUCGACAAGGCCUGGGAGAUAUGGCUGUCUCCAAUACAAUCGGCAGUAAUGUCUUUGAUAUCCUGGUUGGGCUUGGUGUUCCCUGGGGCCUCCAGACGAUGGCUGUCAACUACGGAUCUGUGGUGAAAAUCAACAGUAGAGGAUUGGUAUAUUCCGUAGUGCUGCUCCUGGGCUCAGUGGCUUUGACUGUCCUGGGGAUCCAUGUGAACAGGUGGAAACUGGACUUAAAGCUGGGUGUGUAUGUGCUCCUGCUGUAUGCCAUCUUCCUGUGCUUCUCCAUCUUGAUCGAGUUCAACAUUUUUACCUUUGUCAAUCUGCCUAUGUGUCAGGAGGUCUGAAAUGUUUCGUUUCUGAAUCACUUCCAGACUGGACCUACUACUCACAAUCCCUAUCAGAUUUAUAUUUUUUCCCCAAAAAAUUUUAUUCUUCCUAAAACCACCAUGCCCCACAUCAUGUGUUCAUUCUUCUGUAUCUGUCGAUGAAGUUGAGGAUUCAGUUCUCUGUCCAGGAUUUCGGAUAAUUACACAUCUGUCUUUGGCAGUAUUUGCUCUGACUGGACUUUCUCAUCUUAGUAGCAUAGCAUGUCUAAAUUGGAUCUACAUGGGCUCAGUCGGAAUAUCUAUAUACACAGGAAAAAGAGGAAAGAUGCUCAGUGAAACAAUACAAAUGCAUCACAUUUACACUCUUUCAUCUGGUCUUCCGUAGAGAAAAAUAAAAUCAAACAAAAAUGAACCAUGCACUUUAGACAUACAGGGUGAAGACCUAUCCAUAAGAUCGUAUUAUGAUUGCAAUAAGGAAAGACCUCGGCUCUUUUCUGCUGUAAUGGAAUAAGGAGCAAUAAAGGCAGACUCAGUGUUUAAUGAGAAUAAAAUCACGAGAUGUCCUUUUUUUUUUUUGAAGUGUGAAGGAAUACAAGAUUUUCGUGAAGGCAGCAGUGCGCUACAGUCGAACUGUGGCAGGAGCCUGCUGCAGCAGCAUGUGUGAAAAGAUGCAACAUACUGUAUGUAGUUCCUCAGUGAGUCCUGCUGUGGAAGAUUGAGUCUGUAUUGAUUAAGAUUUCCUGUCUGUUCAUGGCUUCUGCACAUCAAUACUGACAGUCAAGGACUUUAAGUCAGAAAGGACCAACUGAAACUAUUGGAACUGGGUUCAAGCCCCUUGAUGGUAUGGAAGACAAUAUUUAGAAUUUAAUUUACUGACAAGACCACAAACACAGAUCUUGAUGUUGCAUUUGUUCUUUAUAUGUAAAUAUGACAUUAACAGUCCUCUUGUUGGAACCAGUGCUUCCUUCCAGGUGUAGGGGAGGAGGAGUGGAUGCACAUCAAUGACUGGCACGGUCACUUAUUUUUCUUUUUGGGCCGUUCAAUCCAACUCCCCUUUCUGGGUCUCUCUGUACUGUUUGUCUGUGAUGCAUGAUUUGAUACAGCAGGGCAGAAGAAUCACUGUCAAUCUCCGUAAAUGGCAGCUAUCACUCCAUCCUGCACCAAACCCAAGAGGCUCAGGAGAUCUUCACCCGAGUAAAGGGCCGAUGUGUUUGUGUCUGUGUCAGUUCUGUAAAUGCCAGGUGUUGUCAUUCAGUGCUAAUAAGUUCCGUCACUGUUCUCCAUGUGGAAAGGCAGGUGCGUGCAGUGUUUCAAUGUGUUGCAGUAUAUAAGGACAUAUGCAAUCUCAGUACAUAGACACUGUAACUAGUAGGAUGUAACGAGAAGGGUUGGUUAUAUUUAAAUACCCUUGUUGCUCAAGCAUGCAAAUAUUCAUGCUUGCCCACAUUAUUUGUGCUAUGAAGAAUGGCACCUUCUUUUUACAUGGCUACGUGCUGUGCAGUAUGGUGGUGUCACGUGAUUUACUUGUUUGUUUGUUUUCUUUCACAGUCAUUGAUCAGUGUUCAGAUGGGAUAUGACC